AUCUGGGAAGGAGACGACUCUCUGAUCGGGGGACGAGGAAGUGACUUGUUGAUUGGCGGGCUGGGGGACGACACCCUUUAUGGAGGCGAUGGAGACGACACACUGAUGGGCAACUCUGGCUGGGAUGUCUUCAUUCCUGGAGCAGGGGCGGAUGUGAUGGACGGAGGUCCUGGCAGAGACACGGUGGUGUACCACGGUGACCAUCAGAAGAGGGAAGGGGUUUACGUCAACCUGCUGACCGGACAGGGCCGCCACGCCGACGCCGAGGGCGACGUGUUGAAGGACGUGGAGACCGUCAUCGGCACCAUCUACUCCGACCUUCUGGUGUCCGGUUACGAAAGUUCCCUUCUGAAAGGCUCCGACGGAAACGACGUGUUGGUGUCCACUGGGGAAGACUACCUGGCUGGAGGCGACGGAAACGACGUUUACAUGCUGGCUUUCAAAGACGCUUCAGUCACGAUUGACAACUGUGCUAAAGACGGCGCUGUGGAUAUCCUGUACCUGAGCUCACACUCAGAACUCAUGUUUGACUGCCGACUCCUGCCGGACGGAGUCCUCCUGGACUUCUCCGGACCGAACCAAAGAGCCAGAGUUACUGUGAAAGGCUGGAGCAGCGACCAUCAUGAAUGUGGUCAUUUGGUGGUGGUGUUCAGAGGAGUGGAGGCGUCGGACUUGGACAACUUCCUGGCAAAGAUUGAGGAGCAGAAGGUUGAAGACUGGCUGAUCAGCGCUUCAGAGAUCUCACACAGCUACAGCCAAAAGCUUCUGGUCUUGACUGAUGAAGAUAAGUCCACCAAAGCCAGAGCCCAACAGGAGUACGACACCGAUCCUCAUUACUCAGCUGUCAUCAGCAAAGGGUGCCUGCUCAAUGACUCUUGUCUACCAGAGGUGGACAGCUCCACUGUGGUCAAGCUCUUGCCGAUCUGCUCUUGA